UAGGAACUGAAAAAGAUGAAAUUAAAGCAUUUGAAUUAUACAAAGAAGCAGCUGAAAAAGGUGAUACUAAUGCAAUAAAUAAUCUUGGAUAUUGUUAUCAAAAUGGAAUAGGAACUGAAAAAAAUGAAACUAAAACAUUUGAAUUAUAUAAGGAAGCAUCUGAAAAAGGUCAUAUUAAAGCGAUAAAUGAUCUUGGAUAUUGUUAUUUUAAUGGAAUAGGAACUGAAAAGGAUGAAACUAAAGCAUUUGAAUUAUACAAAGAAGCAGCUGAAAAGGAUGAAAUUAAUGCAAUACUAAAUCUUGGAUAUUGUUAUAGAAAUGGAAUAGGAACUGAAAAAGAUGAAACUAAAGCAUUUAAAUUAUUCAAAGAAGCAGCUGGAAAAGGUUGAUAUUGAAGCAGUAAAUAAUCUUGGAUAUUGUUAUCAAAAUGGAAUAGGAACUGAAAAAGAUGAAACUAAAGCAUUUGAUUUAUACAAAGAAGCAGCUGAAAAGGAUGAAAUUUAUGUAAUACUAAAUCUUGGAUAUUGUUACAAAAAUGGAAUAGGAACUGAAAAAGAUGAAACUAAAGCAUUUGAAUUAUACAAGAAAGCAGCUGAAAAAGGU